GCUACCAACUGUAACAUUAAAUAAACCGAGGCCUAUUUUUGUUUGUAUUCAAGUAAUAAGUGUAGUAUGAACCCGUAUUACUAUUAGUUAUUUUUUUACUUUUAGUAAUUAAUUAUAACUGUUGAAUUUUUUAUUUUUGAUUAACCCGUUUAGAGCCAUAGAAAAUGUGGACUGAAAGUGAAAUUUGAGUGGAAAGAAAUAUAUGGUUAUAAAUUUCCUUAAUUAGUUAAUGCCUUCGUAUUUACCUAACAACAUGGGAUGUUUAAACUUCAGUUUUUUCAGAACUCUUAAUCGCUUUGUCAGGAAAACUCCAAGUCAAAAAAUUUUGACACAGUCCAGAAUAAUUUCUGUUGGACACAAAUACCCAGCAGACAUAUUUGAGGAGAGGUUUCCAGACAAUACUGUAGUUUCUUCAAAGUAUACCAUUUGGAACUUUAUUCCAAAGAAUUUGUAUGAACAGUUUCAAAGAAUCGCCAACUUCUACUUCCUGUGUAUUGCAAUUAUCCAGCUAAGUAUAAACAGUCCCGUCAGCCCACUGACCAGUUUAACUCCACUAACAUUUGUGGUAACUAUAACUGCUAUCAAACAAGGCUAUGAAGAUUGGCAGAGGCACAAAACUGAUCGCUCAGUGAAUCACACAGAUGUUUCUGUCAUUAGAAAUGGAAAAGAAGUCAGAAUUUGGUCUCAAGACAUCAGAGUAGGAGAUAUUGUCAAGGUAAAAUCUGAUGAGGAAUUCCCAUGUGAUCUUGUGAUGCUGUCUUCCAGUGAUGGAGGUGGAGUCUGUUACAUCACAACAGCUAACCUUGAUGGGGAAACGAAUCUCAAGAUUCAUAACUGCCUUCCACAAACUCAAGAAUACCAGACAGCAGAAUCUUUCAACAACUUACAUGCUACUAUUGAAUGUGAAGAACCAACAGCGAAUCUUUACAAGUUUAUGGGAAAGAUGACAUAUUAUCAAAGAACUCAAAGUAGUAUUUGGCCUUUGGGACUACUGAACUUGUUGCUGAAAGGAGCCAGACUUAAGAAUACGGCCUUUAUUUAUGGCUGUUGCGUAUAUACAGGUCCUGAAACAAAACUGUCCUUAAACCUUAAACUGACCUACAACAAGUUCUCUACUGUUGAAAGGUCAAUGAAUAGGUUUUUGAUAAUUUUCUUGGUGCUGUUAGCACUUGAAGCUUUUGUUGCAACAGGACUAAAGUACUUUUAUCAAAAUGAUCCCGUGAUGGGGACUCCAUGGUACCUUCCUUUAAAAGGAGUCUUAAGUGUGAAACAAGUGUUUUCUGAUCUUCUUGUUUUUGUUGUUCUUUUCAACUAUGUAAUUCCAAUCUCGUUAUAUGUAACGAUUGAAAUGGUUAAGUUUACGGGUUCUAUGUUUCUGACUUGGGAUGCUGAGUUGUAUGACAAAAAUUCCAAUGAAUUUGCCAAGUGCAAUAGCUCUGACUUGAAUGAAGAGCUAGGUCAGGUACAAUAUUUAUUCACUGAUAAAACUGGAACUCUAACAGAGAAUGAUAUGAUUUUCAAACAUUGUUCGAUUGAUGGUGUCAAGUACACAGAACAUGGUGGCAUGCUUUGUAAAGUAUCUAAUUUCCUCCAAGGGAAUCCAGACCUUGUUUUCCAGUAUGUGGGUGCAGUUGAAAACUUUCUUCUUGUUUUAGCUCUUUGCAAUACAGUCCAAACCUUUAAGAAUGGUACACUCUCUGAUGUUGACAACUGCUAUGAUGAUUUUGACUUGGAAUAUUAUGCAUCCUCACCAGAUGAAAAGGCUUUAGUGGAGGCUUGCAGAAGGUUUGGAGUUGUUUUGCAAGGUGUAUUUAAGGACACCUACCAUGUAACUUUUAAAGGGAAACACAGAAUGUUUGAGCGACUUCACAUCUUGGAAUUUGAUUUCAGUAGAAAAUGCAUGUCUGUGAUAAUCAGAAAUGAAGAAGGUAAAAUAUAUUUGCUGUGUAAAGGAGCAGAAUCUACUGUAUUGAGCAAGUGUGCUUUUGGACUUAAAGGCAUAACACUUCUUCAUGUGAAUGAUUAUGCUAUGGAGGGAUUGCGAACAUUGGUAGUUGCUUACAGGGAACUGUCAGAAGAAGAAUUUCAAAGUUUUGACAUGAAAUAUAAAAUGGCAAGAACUGAAAUGGUGGCCAGAGAAGAAGAGGUUUCAAGAGUUAUUGAUGAAAUAGAACAAAACAUGACAUUAUUAGGAGCUACAGCUGUGGAUGACAAGCUUCAGGAUGGUGUCUAUGAAACCUUAGUCGCUCUUAAAGAAGCAGGAAUUAAAAUUUGGGUGCUAACUGGAGAUAAAGAAGAAACAGCAGUUAACAUCUGUUACUCCUCAGGUCACUUUCAGAGAGACAUGGAAGUCAUAAAGUUGACACAGGAGGAAGCCAGUAGUCAGUAUUACAGAAAACUGACAGAGAUUAAAACCAUGAUAGAAGAAGAGACUUUGAAAACUUUUGCUCUAGUUGUAGAUGGUCACAUACUAGCACAUAUUCUACAUGAAUAUUGUGACAAUUUUUAUAAAGUGUGUCGUGAAUGUACUGCUGUAUUAUGUUGUCGUAUGUCUCCCAUACAGAAAGCAGAGAUUGUAAAGUUUAUCAAGCAUGGAUCUGAAAAGGUGGUCACCGCUGCAAUUGGAGAUGGAGCAAAUGAUGUCAGCAUGAUUCAAGAAGCUCAUGUUGGUUUGGGUAUUAUAGGUAAAGAAGGUCGUCAGGCAGUACGAUGCAGUGAUUUUGCUUUUGCUCGUUUUAGAUUUUUGCAGCGUAUCUUGCUUGUUCAUGGUCAUUAUUACUAUAUUCGCAUUUCUACCUUGGUGCAGUACUUUUUUUACAAAAAUAUAGCUUUCAUCAUUCCUCAAGUGUAUUAUACAAUUUUUAGUGCUUUCUCUGGCCAGGAACAUCAGAGGAAAUUCCAAAAUGACUAAAUUACAAUUUGUCAAGUGGGUUGUACAAGGAGUUUGGCAUUCAGUUGUUCUUUAUUUUGGAAUAUAUCUCUUUUGGAAAAAUGGUACUUCUUGUUUUGUGGAUGGUCAGAGCCUAGACAUAUGGAGCUUUGGCACAACUGUGUUUCACACACUUGUUCUCGUUGUUAACUUGAAGUUGGGUCUACAUACAAGAUAUUGGACAAAACUGUUUGUGUUUUCCUUGCUGUCUACUAUCUUCAGUUUCAUUGGGUUUAGUUUCCUUUAUGGUGGAGUGACUUUGCAAUUACAUCACAAUGUCUUGUUUGGAGUUUACAUAAAAAUCCUAUCAUCACCAUCUGUUUGGUUUCUGAGCAUUAUCCUGGUUGUGACUGCAUUGCUACCUGAUCUUUUGUUUCAACUACUGGAAAAUUACAGUUUCAGUCUUAAAGAAAUAUUUGGCAUAUGUAAAAGGUAUUAUUCAGUGAAUUCCAUCAACACAGAGACUGCCCUCUUAGAUAACAGAUGCCCUUCAACUAGUUACAGAAACAAUUACCAUGAUGAAAAUCAUGAAAUGGAGAUUACACAAACAGGGCAAUAUUCCAGGAAUAUUGACAUCACAGAAGCUAUUCUGUUAGAACAUCAGAGGUUGUACUUUCUUAAGGACGGAACUGGGCAUCAAGAUGAUGACCAUCAAGCAAGGACUAAGAAGUUAGUGAUGAACACUCAUAUGUGGUCUUCAGAAAGUACAUCUACAGAACAGGAAGAAAGACCAAUGUUAGAAACAUCAUUAUAAUAACAACUGUUGCAUAAAGUUGAUAUCUAAAAAAAAGGAAGGAAGUCCUGGUAGUUUUGAAAUGAAAAGAUAAAGAAAACAUACUCUAUGUUACAAGUAUAUAAGGAAUUUUAGAAAACACUAAGAAAAGAAAAAAGGAAUGAAUUUAGUCAAUAACUUUUGUUUAUUUAGGGUAUUAAUUAGAGAUUCCUGAAGAACUAAAUAAUUAGAAUGUGUAAAUAAUCUCAUGACAAAAUUAUUUCAGAGAAGGAAACUUGUAACUUUAACUUUUCUAAUGUCUGCACGUUUAUUUUCACCGGUUACAUUAUAUUAAUUGGAGUCAUUAAUCAUCAUCUAAUAUAAAUUUGCUUUUUUGGAAUUUUAUAUAAAACAUUUGCAUGCAUGUGUAUGUGUAUAGACUAACAAUAAGUAAGUGGACUCCCAGUCCAACUAGAAUGCCAUUUUAUUAAGUAAACAAACAUGAAACAAAGGGGUACAUGAUUAUCUUUAGUAUUUAAUUGAUCUGCUCUUUAUAAUAUUUAAAGCAGAAAUGUAGGCCUGUGGAGUUGCCACCCCUGUAUUGAUAAAGAACUUAGAUGAUUUUUUUGCAGGAUAUAAAUAAGGAUGAACUACACAUGAUUGGUAGGUUCAUAACUGGCAAUUGGCCUAGUGAUGGGAGAGUAGCUCAUGUUGAAUGAACAGGAACUUCAUCUAGCAUGGUAAGCUUAUCAUUGGCAUAGGCAGCCAGAAGACUUUUGCUAAAUAAUUUUAGUUUUUUUCAAAAAUUGUUGAUUGUCCCUUCUUAUACCAUUAGCUGUGAUUGUUCAACUGGUCAGCUGUCCAAAUGUAUCUGAUACUGUAACAGAAAUACCACUCCAUUUUCUCCAGACUUGUAAAUGAUUCAAUGAAAGUUUCAGGGAGAAUAAUUGAUCAUCAGACCCAUUUACAUCCACUAUCUGAGAAUUGUCCGAAUCUAGACUCAUCAGGCUAAAUUACAGAGUCUGAAGAGGCUAGAGGGUGUGAUAGCACCUUUGGUACUCACUUCUGUUGAUGUUAUAAUAUUGUCUUGACUAGCUUCCAUCUAAUUAUUCUAUCAUUUUAGCCUAUGCUACAAAAAUAACUUAUGAAGGUAAUGGGAUACACCCACUCUUAUCAUGCAACAAUAGUGGUCUUUAGACAAGGAUAAGUCUCCACACUUCUCAUAGCAUGAUGAAUCCAUUUUGUUAGUAUUGAGUACUUAGAGCUGUGCAAAAAGAGUUGUCUUCCAGCAUGAAUAGAAUUAAUUAUACUGUCAUUCUGUUCACUGUGGACAGUGGUAUUACAAGUAACUUUGCAAUUUAUUGAUGAUUUUAAGCUCUCUCUUUCCAAUCAUCCAACUAUGUGACCUUGUGAAAAUACUGUUAAUUACUGAGAUACCUUUUUUAAUGUUAUGAUGUUUCUGUUCUUUUGUCCUUACCUAUAUUUAUAUAUCAGAGUUUUUGGCCUAUAUUAUCAAGGAGAUAGUCAAACUGUAUUUUUAGGGGUGUCUAAGUAAUCACUAUAGGCUAUCUACAUGUGUAUUAAACAGUUAAAGUUUAACUGUGCAUUGUUCAAAUGAAAUCACAUUUCAUGGCACUCAGGAAAACAGAAGGAAAACCUUGAAAGUUAGGAAUUUAGUAUCUAAAGUCCUGAAUGUUUUCAUGACAAUGAAGAUACUUGUACUGAUAUACUGGAAUCAUAUGUCACCAUUGUUAAUAUUGAAACAAGACUUUUCUGGAUCUAACAAAAUAAAUAUACAUUUAAUUAGUGUUCAACACAUUAAACUGUUAAAUUAUAAUAAACACAAGAUUUUGGUAAGCUCAUUUUCAGACAGAUAUGUCUAUUUAUGUUCUCAUUUCAGCCAUUCCUUGUCUACUAUUACUUACACAGAAUCUAAUGUAACCUAACUAAAUCUCUCCCUAUAUUUCCUUUCUAACAAUUAUGUUCUAGAGUUUUAAAAAUUGACAUUAGAUGUAUAUAUAAAAUAAAUUUUAGAAAUGCUGUUUUUUUUUCUGAAAAGGGUUAGUCAGUCAUGUGAUCUUUAUUAACAAAUAAACAAGCAUGGAUGAACACUAGAUUUUGAAGAUUGUUUUAUACUGAAUAAUCCUUACAAGAAAAUAAAGAAAUUGAAUGCAUUGUUAAAACUAUACAGCCAAGAAUCACAAUUAUCAAUUAAAUAUCAGUUUUCAUGUUGAUAAUAGGGUAGAAAAACUGCAACAUAUGAUUUUUAGUGUCCUGAAUUCCAGUUAUUGUAUUAAAGAUUGGUUAUGAUGAUGUCCAGUUUAAACUCAUUGUUUAGUUUUAACUACCUUUGACCAACACUUUUUUGAAAACUUUUGUGCCACCCUCUAAAAAGUAUAACUUUGUGCUUUGAUACAUAUAAACAUUUUUUUUAUAUUUGUAUUUUAGUACAAUAUAAAUAACAGCUAAGACUAUAGUAUUUAUAAUUUCUUGAGGGGCAUCUUUGAUGUUUUGAGUUGCUGGGCAGAAGUGGGUCAUACAAAUUUUUGAAGACUGAUAUCUUAUGAUAUGAAUAAUUGUCAUUAAACAAAAUACUUUUUCUUGAUUUUCGUCUAAAAGUAAAUCCUAGAAAUGGAUAAAUAAUAGCUACAGUCCUGAUUAAUUUUAGCUUGAAACAUUUUUAUAAAAUUACUUAUUACUUGUAUUGUUAAUAUUAAACUUAUUUGACUAAUAUUAAUAUCUACCUUACUUGUUGUUUUUGACUGAGUAGUUUUUAGUCAGAAAAUGUUGCAGAAAUUUCCUCUACUCUAUAAAAAUAAGAAAAAAGUUAUAUUGCUGUUAUGAGGCAAUACAACUGAAGCCUUCUUUAGAAAGCUAAAUAUGAAAAGUAGGAAACCAUGAAAAUGUAAACAUUA